CCAACACAAUCUCAUCCUCCCCCUGCAAAACCCUAAUUCCCACCGCAAGGUAAAAAAAAAAAAAAAAACCAGUGGUGCGCGAUGCCACCGAAGUUCGAUCCCUUGCAGGUGGUGGACGUGUUCGUCCGAGUCACCGGCGGCGAGGUCGGCGCGGCGAGUUCCCUCGCUCCAAAGAUCGGUCCAUUGGGUCUCUCCCCAAAGAAGAUCGGAGAAGACAUUGCGAAGGAAACCGCGAAGGACUGGAAGGGCCUCCGCGUGACGGUGAAGCUGACAGUACAGAACCGGCAGGCGAAGGUGACGGUGGUGCCCUCCGCCGCCGCGCUUGUCAUCAAGGCGCUGAAGGAGCCUGAGAGGGACAGGAAGAAGACGAAGAACAUCAAGCACAGCGGGAACAUCUCCCUAGACGACGUCGUUGAGAUCGCCAGGGUCAUGAGUCCUCGCUCCAUGGCCAAGGAUCUCAGUGGAACCAUUAAGGAGAUUCUCGGGACUUGCGUUUCGGUUGGGUGCACCGUUGAUGGGAAGGACCCCAAGGAUCUGCAGCAGGAGAUUUCUGAUGGAGAUGUUGAGGUUCCUCUUGAAUGAAGUUGCUGAAAUUUCAGUGGUUUUUUGUUGUUUCGUUUAUGUUGUUUUUUUGGGCAAUUUUGGUUUUUUUUUCUUUUUAUAAAGGAAUUUGAGUCAUAGGAAUGGUAUGAUAGUUAAGACUUUGGUAAAUGAUAUCACAUUGUUGGGUUUUUGAGUAAUUUUGUAAUGGAGUUGUGAUUUGUAUUGUUGCCAAAACCAUUUGUCAAAUUUUAAGGUUGGAUCGUAAGUUUGUUAUCUGCUCUA